AUGCCGACGCGCAUUUUUUAUAGAAAAAUAUGCAACAUCAUUAAACUUGAAUACGAGGCAGCACCAUCGCCGCCGGCGCCCGCCAUGGAAGUGGCCGCCGAUGGGGGUGGCGAGGGCGUCUGCCGCACCGUGGACAAGCCGCGAGAUCCGGACCGCUCCAGGGAUCUAUUCGGCGUCCAGCUAGAGGUGACGAGCCUUCUGCUGGAGGCGGAGCGGCGGAAGCUGUGGGUGCUGCAGAGGGAGCUGCAGACGGCGCUGGCCGAGGGAGGAUCCAUCAAGGCCAAGGAGCACCAGCGGCAGGAGCUGCUGCUCGCCAUCUCGCGCAUCCAGGCGCAGCACGACCACCUGGAGAAGGAGUACCAGCAGCACGCCAUCGGGGUCCUGCGCUGCUCCAACACCAGGGGCUCCGGCAAGAGCAACCGCAGCCAGCCAGCCAUCGGGCUGAAGCAGACGCCCAAGGCGCGGCCCACCAUCUUCGGCACCGUCGCCUCGGACCAGACGCCAAAGGAUGGCUCCAGCAGAAGGGUGAGUACCUCAAGCUUUUAUCACGACACUUCGUGCCUGCAUCAUUACAAGAAAGUCUACGGAUUUGGAGCUCCAGCUAAGUGA